AAUGAUCCCGAGGUGCUUUAUCCCUCGCUUUCUACAAUCCAAAACCAAAUCAGAACACCGAGGCAGCAGCCAAGAAUGGGCAAGGCCAACCAUUGGAGAUAACACAAUCCCCACCAUCACGCCACGUAUCACCCCUAUAUCUCCUCCCUCAACAACCCCAUUCUAUUCCAAUUCUGCUUAAUUUCUCCUAAACCCAAAGGAAGGAGGGAAAAAGCAACCGUUUUCCCCUAAUUCCAGUUUCAAGAAUUCCCAUCGAUUGCCUGAAAAGGAACAAUCUUCAAAGAAAGAAACAAGAUUUAGUGCUAAAGAAUAUGGCAUCAGCAGCUGCUUCUUUGGGCCCUUCAGCUUUAAUUCAGUCAGUUUCCGGCGGGAUUAAAGGUCAAAAGCUCUCUCUUGCAACCCCCACUUCUCUCAUUUCUACAAGGAGAAGAUCUAGGGCUGUAGUUAAGGCAACUGCUCGGGUUGAUAAGUUCUCCAAAAGCGACAUAAUCGUGUCUCCAUCGAUUCUUUCGGCUAAUUUUGCCAAAUUAGGAGAGCAGGUGAAAGCAGUGGAGGUGGCAGGUUGCGAUUGGAUUCACGUUGAUGUGAUGGACGGACGGUUUGUGCCAAAUAUUACAAUUGGCCCCCUCGUAGUAGAUGCUCUGCGCCCUGUCACUGAUCUCCCCUUGGAUGUGCAUUUGAUGAUUGUGGAGCCUGAGCAACGAGUCCCAGACUUCAUCAAGGCUGGAGCCGACAUAGUUAGUGUUCAUUGCGAACUAGCUUCAACCAUUCAUUUGCAUCGUACAGUGAAUCAAAUUAAGAGCUUGGGUGCUAAAGCCGGAGUUGUCCUGAACCCUGGAACUCCAUUGAGUACCAUAGAGUAUGUUCUUGAUGUGAUUGAUUUAGUACUGAUCAUGUCUGUAAAUCCCGGGUUUGGUGGGCAAAGCUUCAUAGAGAGCCAAGUAAAGAAAAUAUCUGACUUGAGAAAAUUGUGCGCUGAGAAGGGAGUGAACCCGUGGAUUGAGGUAGAUGGUGGAGUCGGUCCAAAAAAUGCUUACAAGGUAAUUGAGGCUGGAGCCAAUGCGUUGGUUGCUGGCUCAGCUGUGUUUGGAGCUCCUGAUUAUGCUGAAGCUAUUAAAGGGAUCAAAACCAGCAAAAGGCCUGUAGCAGUUGCAGUAUAAACUUUCCAUUCUGGAUUCGGGUUUAAGAUUUCAUACUCUCUAUUUCAAGACGAGAAGCAGAACCAGACGACGACAAAAUAAUUACAACAAGAUGGGUGACUUAGAAGUAUCAUGGGAGUAGUGUUUGUAGUAUAAUUUGAAUGAAGUUUCUCAUAUGAUUUUGAAUUGUAGAAAUACAUUCUACAACAGCUACUCUGUCCUAACACUUGUUGCUUUGUCCUUACAAAAUGUACAUUACACCAUUGAUAUUAUAAAAAAAAUGAGCUCAUUGUUAUCCA